UGCUUGGGCCAUGGGUCUCUUGUUCUCGACGUGCGGCACGAGCGACGAUGCGACGCCGCCUGGAGCGCUGCACCCCUUUCGCUCGAUUCCGGAUCACUACGAAACCUACGGCGAGCUCCAAGACGCCCUUCGACGCGCGGGGCUCGAGUCGUCCAACUUGAUCGUCGCCAUCGACUACACCAAGUCGAAUGAGUGGAGCGGCGAACACAGCUUUCACGGCAAGUGCCUCCACGCCCUCGACCCACAUGAGUUGAACCCCUACCAGACUGUGAUCCAAAUCUUGGGCCGCACGCUUGAAGUGUUUGACGACGACCGGUUGAUCCCAGCGUACGGCUUUGGCGACAUCACGACGCAGGGCAGCAAGUGCUUCCCGCUCUCAAUAGCACCGAUCGAAGGCUUUGCCGAGGUCCUCGCGCGCUACAACCAAGUGACGCCAAGCGUCAAGCUCUCGGGGCCGACGAACUUUGCCCCCGUGAUCCGCGAGGCCAUCCGCAUCACGCGCGAGACGCAUGCGUACCACAUUCUCAUCAUCGUUGCAGACGGUCAAGUCACGAGCGAGAAAGAAACCACAGACGCAAUCGUCGAGGCGUCCAACUACCCGAUCUCCAUCGUGGUCGUCGGUGUCGGCGAUGGUCCUUGGAACAUGAUGCACGAAUACGACGACCAGCUUCCGCGCCGUCGCUUUGACAACUUUCAAUUUGUCGAUUUUGCAAGCGUUCUCAAGCUCAACGCCCGAAACCCGGACGUUGGUUUUGCCACGGCUGCCCUCAUGGAGAUCCCAGAGCAAUACAAGGCCAUUCGGCGAUUGGGGCUCCUAUGAUAGCGUCCUGGUCGAUCGCCUUUUCUCGGGCCAC